AUGACAACUCCUUUCUCCUUCGAUGAGGUAUCCCAAGCAGCAGAGAAGAUUCUGCAGCGUGACCGCUUUGACACUGACUUAGUAUAUUCAGAUACGGAUAAUUCAGAUAGCAGCGACUCAGACAGUUCCAGCGACACUGAUUCAGAUACGGAAUCAAGUUCAGAUUCAGAAGAGGAUUAUCAGAAGAGGCGCAAGUCUUCAAAGAGAGCAAAGCAUAAGAGGCACUUACCCAGUAAGACCAUUAUACAUAAGACUCGCUUUGAAGAUGGAAGCUCUGAUGAGGAAACCCCUAUUACCAAGACACGAAGAGCAGUUCACAGACAAUGGGCUGCUAAGCAAGGCUCACAAGAAGAAGUAGAAAAUUUGAUUCAACAACUGGGAAGAAUGAAAAUAGGGGAUGCUAACUAUAGCACACUCUACUACCAAGCUAUAACCUUAGAUCCUGCAGUGAAAGAUAUUGUUGAGAAUCCUUUAAGCAGAAGGAGAAGAGAACAAGACAUGGGCUUAAGAGACACUAGAUUUCCCAGUGCCAGAUUCACACCAAGAGACAAUGGAACAAAUCAUAUAACUAGAGGUACCAACAAUCAAUACAAUGUACCUAAUAGAACUAGUACUACCCCUAACUACUCUAAUACCCCCUAUCCUGACAAACUAAUCUGUUAUGGUUGCGGAGAAGAGGACCAUGGAUUAGCAACAUGUCCAAGAAUAGAAGAACUGCUUACCAAGGGUGAGUUAGUAAGAGGAAGAAGCGGACAGAUUAUGUUGCCAGGGGAAAUACCCCUAAGAAGAUGGACGGGCCAAACAAUAAUCAAUGCGUAUGAAAAUUGGAGUCGGACAGCGAAGACUCACUUUGUAAGGUGGACAGAACCCGAAUCGGAAGAUGCCGCGAGUGAAUCCGAUGGCUCGGAAAGUUGCUGGAUGGCAGAGCACAUGAGCGAUGAUGAGUCCGACGAAGAGGAAGUUUGCGCUUACCCGGUAUACAGAACCCAGAAGGAAGGCGCGCGCAAAAAGUCCGAAGUGUUUGAUGGUGUCUACCCGACGAUGGGAAGAGAUGCGCGGGAAGCAAUGAAAAAAGAACAACGUCAGAGAUAUGAGCUGCGGGGAGACAGACAAUACGCACCUGCAUCAAGGACACAGCCUCCGAAGACCUCCGCCGAGCUUCCGACGCCCAGAAAAUCCAACCCGACACCUCCGCCCAAACAAACGGAUGAUAUCAAGGACGUACCGAAAGAAAGGGCCAAGGCUCAUAUGCCCAUCGAUCAUGUGAUCGAACCUAAAACGGGAAUAAGGCGAUCAGAACUUGCUGAUGGAAUCAGCGCAAAGCUGGUUCUAAAUAGAAUAUUGAACGUACCUGUAGAAUUAACCGCUGGUGAGAUCCUGGGGGUAUCUAAAGAGUUAGCCGGACUUUUGGCUGAGUCAAUAAAGCCAAAAACAAUAAACAGAAAGGACGUACAUCUGGUGUAUGACUCGAUGAAAAAGAGGAAGUCAGAAGCCGAAGCGCUGAUAGAACUUCCGAUCAGAAUUCACGGAAACAGUCUAAAAGCAGUAAUAGAUACCGGAAGUCAGCUAAAUAUAGUAUCGGAACACAUGUAUGAGAAGUUUAUAAAACUUCCGAUCAACCGGAGCAAGACACUUGUGCUACAUGACGCAAAUGGCGGAAAGGGGCUGCUUAAGGGGCUCGUAUCACAAGUUCCUAUUAGUAUAGGAUCGGUUCUCACAAUAGCCGAAAUUUACGUAGGAGAAGCGGUGCCAUUUGACAUUUUGUUAGGCAGACCCUGGCAAAUACAUAAUACAGUGUCAAUACAUGAACGUGCUACAGGUACUUGGUUAGAAUUU